GCCCGCCCUCCCUCGCAGGCGCCGCCGCCUUCGCUAGGCCCUAAGCUGGCGCGCGGGAAAUCCCGCCCCUUAGCCCACCCUGCCCCGCCUCCCGCGUGUUCAUUGGCUUGAGGUGACGUCCGUCAACGCUGCGAGACUAACUGGGAGGUUCCUUCGCAGCGCGGUGCUGUGUGGCCGGCGCUACCCUCCCAGGCGGUGGAGUCGGCACUACACGCGUUGGCGGGUGCGUUUUCUACCACCGUGUGCAUUUGGACGUGAUUGGGAGGGGCCGUCUCCUCCAUGGCGUGAGAACGCGGGCGACCAGACCCUCGAGUGAGGAUCACACUGGGGAAUUUUGACGGUUUCACUUCUCCCGCAACUUCUUUCGUGAGAGACCUUGCAAUAGGGUUCCCAGAUGCUUAGAUGUACCCAGCAUCAUGCAGACCCCAACAACCCAGCUCUGCCCUUCGUGUCUCUUUUCCACACUUCCAGCAAGAGUGCUUGCAACCUGUUUGCAGAAAGGAAGACUCUCAAGACUGGGCUCAAACUCUGAACUGUCUUCCUUGUGGUGGGGAAACUUUCCUCCAGAGAUGGUUUGGAACCAAGGAGUUGACAGUACUGGCCUGAAGUGGGAGUCUUCGAUUCAGCUGCUUCACCUACUGCUGGCCUGAGGAGCUAUAAGGUGAACUGCAGGAAGAUUCCAGCCCUGUACACGUGGGGCAGAAGCAGCAGAGAGGCAGGGAGAGGACUGAGCUGUUGCUCUGUGCAGUCCACGCAAGGAUGUCUCCCAGCCUUCAGGAAGGUGCUCAGCUUGGGGAAAGCAAACCCUCACCCUGCUCCUUUUCAAUUGAUAGCAUCUUAGGACGGGACCAGAAGCAAGACUGUGGCCCAUCAAUGAAACCUCACAGGCCCUGGGCAGACACCUGCGGCUCCUCAGGGAAAGAUGGAAUCCUACACCUACAUGUUCCUGGUCUUCCCAGUGGGAUCUCAUUCCCUUGUACUGUGGAUCACCCAGUGCUGGAAGAAAGAGUUCUGAAACAUGAAAAUUACUUUUCACCGUCAGAAAAACUGUCUUUGAAAAGAGAGUUGAGUUGGUAUAGAGGCCGAAGACCAAGAACUGCUUUUACUCAAAACCAGAUUGAAGUUUUGGAAAAGGUCUUUAGCAUAAACUGCUAUCCUGGCAUUGAUAUUAGAGAAGACUUGGCCCGAAAACUGAAUCUAGAGGAAGACAGAAUCCAGAUCUGGUUCCAAAAUCGGCGUGCAAAGCUGAAAAGGUCCCAUAGAGAAUCACAGCUUCUAAUGGCGAAAAAAAAUUUCAAUACAAAUCUCCUGGAAUAGGAUCAAUGGAAAUGUCAAGUGUUAAAAAUGUGGUUUUCUUGUCUGCA